AUGGCAUCCAUAGAGCAAGAGGUCCCUCGACGGGAGCGCAAGCCGUCCGUCGGAGCUCCUAUCGCCGAUCUACAGGGUCCCGUGGGCCCUGGAUUCAGUCGUCCUAAGCACAAACGGACAUUUACCGGCUUCGGAGCUGCGGAGAUCAAGAGUGUCGAAGCGAGUAUUCCGGAGCCAUUACGUGAGGCAGACCUCUUUGCUGACCAUGCCAUUGUCGAGAGGGGAACAGAUGGCGCAAGCAUUCAGCGUCUGGUUUCUCCUCCAAAGAAGAAUUCGAGAGAAUUCGUUCGCCAUGUCGAAACCACCCUCGCUCGCUCCCUGUACAACUGUGAUGAGUUGGCAGCCUAUUCGGGAACUGCUCUCGCGUUCCGUGACCGAUUGAUUAUCGAGUGGAACAAGACUCAGCAGCGCCAAACAUUUACCGAUCAGAAGCGUGUCUACUAUCUGUCACUCGAAUUCUUGAUGGGCCGUGCAUUGGACAAUGCCAUGCUGAACGUUGGAAUGAAAGACGUGGCUCGAGACGGCUUGGCCGAUCUGGGCUUUAGAAUCGAGGACGCUAUCACUCAAGAGCACGAUGCGGCCCUGGGUAACGGAGGUCUGGGACGUCUGGCGGCCUGUUUCUUGGACAGCAUGGCUACGCUCAACUACCCGGCGUGGGGAUACGGAUUGCGGUACCGCUACGGAAUUUUCAAACAGGAGAUUGUCAAUGGAUAUCAGGUGGAGAUCCCGGAUUAUUGGCUGGACAACAACCCAUGGGAAUUUCCCCGCCACGAUAUCACCGUGGACAUUCAGUUCUACGGCCAUGUGAACAAGUACCAGGAUGAGAAUGGAAAGACCUGCCACUCGUGGGAGGCCGGGGAGACCGUCCAGGCGGUGGCCUACGAUGUCCCCAUCCCCGGAUACCGCACCAAGACGACCAACAAUCUCCGGUUGUGGUCCAGCAAGGCUAGCAGCGGCGAAUUCGACUUCCAGAAAUUCAACGCCGGUGACUACGAGAGUGCAGUCGCCGAUCAGCAGACUGCCGAGACCAUCUCUGCAGUGCUGUAUCCAAACGACAACCUGGAGCGAGGCAAGGAGCUUCGCCUCAAGCAGCAGUACUUCUGGUGUGCGGCCUCUCUGUACGACAUUGUGCGUCGAUUCAAGAAGACCAAACGUGCCUGGAGUGAGUUCCCCGACCAGAUCGCCAUCCAGCUGAACGAUACCCACCCCACGUUGGCCAUCGUCGAGCUGCAGCGCAUCUUGAUCGACGUCGAGGGUCUGGAGUGGGAUGAAGCCUGGCGUAUCGUCACUGGUACCUUUGGAUACACCAACCACACCGUUCUUCCCGAGGCUUUGGAGAAGUGGUCGGUUCCCUUGAUGCAGAACCUGCUGCCUCGGCACUUGCAGAUCAUUUACGAUAUCAACUUGUUCUUCCUCCAGUCUGUGGAGAAGCGCUUCCCCAAUGAUCGAGAGAUGCUCUCGCGGGUCUCCAUCAUCGAAGAAUCGCACCCCAAGAUGGUUCGCAUGGCCCACAUUGCUAUUAUCGGCUCUCACAAGGUGAACGGUGUGGCCGAACUUCACUCCGAUCUGAUCAAGACCACCAUCUUCAAGGACUUUGUCCAGAUCUACGGACCGGAUCGGUUCACCAACGUCACCAACGGCAUCACACCGCGUCGCUGGCUGCAUCAGGCUAACCCUGCGCUCUCUGCCCUCAUCGCAGAGAAGCUCGGUGGUUACGAAUUCCUGACCGAUCUGACCCUGUUGGAUAAACUCGAGGCCUUUGUGGAUGACAAGGAGUUCCGAAAGCAGUGGUCUGAAAUCAAGGCAAAUAACAAGCUGCGACUCGCGAGACUGAUCAAAGACGUGACCGGCUACUCCGUCAACCCACAUUCGCUGUUCGAUGUCCAGGUGAAGCGGAUCCACGAGUAUAAGCGUCAGCAGCUGAACAUCUUUGGUGUGAUUCAUCGGUACUUGAAACUGAAGGCCAUGUCGCCCGAGGACCGAAAGAAGGUGGUUCCUCGCGUGUCCAUCUUUGGUGGUAAGGCUGCGCCAGGAUACUGGAUGGCCAAGUCUAUCAUUUACUUGAUCAACAGCGUGGCGGCCGUGGUGAACAAGGACGAGGAGAUUGGUGAUCUGCUGAAGGUCAUUUUCAUCGAGGACUACAAUGUGAGCAAGGCGGAGAUCAUCUGUCCAGCUUCCGACAUUAGUGAGCACAUUUCCACUGCGGGCACCGAGGCCAGUGGUACCAGUAACAUGAAGUUUGUGCUGAACGGCGGUCUGAUUAUUGGUACCUGUGACGGAGCAAACAUUGAAAUUACUCGGGAGAUUGGCGAACAAAACAUCUUCUUGUUUGGCAAUCUCGCAGAAGAUGUAGAGGAUCUGCGCCACCGACAUUUCUAUGGAGGUUUCCAACUUGACCCCCAACUGAAGCGUGUCUUCGACUCGAUCAAGUCUGGCACCUUUGGCGAUCCCUCAUCGUUUGCAUCCUUGAUUGCCUCUAUUGAGGAGCACGGGGACUAUUAUCUCGUGUCGGAUGAUUUCAACUCUUACGUGGAGACCCAUGAUAUGGUGGACCAGGAAUUCCAGAACCAAGAAGAGUGGUUGGCCAAGUCAAUUACUAGCGUUGCCCGCAUGGGCUUCUUCUCCAUGGAUCGGGUGACGAACGAGUAUGCCGACAGCAUUUGGAACAUUGAGCCUCUCAACGUGAACGACGACGCCUGA